UCCAAAAAAAGAAAUUCAAAAUUUAAACAGAAAAAUUGGAUGCACCACCCCGCAUCCAAGCAGCUGGAAAAUGUCCAGGCCGCCCGUUAGGGAACGCAAGCCAAGGAUUAGAAAUCAUCUUAGAGAUGGACCACCUGCCAGAAGUCUUCCAAAUUCAAAGAGCUCGGACAGUGAGCCAAGUGGUUCUAGGAAAUAUGUCAAAAAAUAUCCUAUCAAUAGAGAUUCCAUUGAAACUCUGGGCCGAAAUUGUUGUCUUUCGGAUAAUGGUUACGAGGCGGAUACCGAUGAUGUCUACGAAGAAGGAAAUCAUGUUGCAGUUCCUACGAAUUUAAAAGUGCAGAGGCUGCCCAGAUCACCGAACUCCUUUGCCCUGCCAGAACCCCUACCAAGCCAUCGCUUUGGUAGCUUCUUACGGGUCUUGGGCAAAAGUUUGCAUCAUUGUUCGUUGAGGAUUGCUGCCGGGUUUGGAUUGAGUCGCCAGCAGAGUGCUUGGUACAAGAAUUGCUGGCAAAGUCCUGGUUCCCAGCCCAAGGGUAUACAUUUGGCCAGGCAGGUCACAGUGCCCAGUAGGUUAUCAAAAAUUCAAGCAAAAUCGGGAAAUGUUGAGAGUUCCACAACGUUGUGAGAUUUCUUUUUCUCUGCAAUGGAAAAAUCUUAAAAAAUAAUUUGAAUUUUAAGGCUUUAAGUAGCUUAUUAAAUUACUUACCUGCAAGCGGAACCAGUUUAAAUUUUUUAGCAAUAAAAGCAUUCUAAGAUCCGCAA